AUGCCACCCCGAAAGCGCAAAGCUUCAACCAAUUCCGCCAUCGCCGCGCCGGCCAAGAAAGUCCGCAUCGGCGGCACCUCUGACAUCGUUGACCAGCCCGCUGGCCGGCCCAAGAGGACCACCGUCGGCGAACCCCAAUACAAACUCACCCGACCCAGAUCAUCGGGCGGUGGCGCGGUGCAGAAUGCGGUCUCGGCCAAUGACGCAGAAAGUGAGGCCGAGCCACCGAAGAAGAAGCGUGGAAGACCCCCCAAGGCUGCGGCUGCCCCCAAGCCGGUGGUGAAGAUUGGGAAGAACUAUGCAUCCAUAAUUCCGCCCAAACCCUCCGCGGAAGCGCCUGCAAAGCGCGGCAGGAAGCCAAAAGUCCCACUCAAGACCAAGGGUGUCUCAUCGGCAUCCGAGUCUGGAGAUGCUCUGCUGCCAGACGGACACGCCGCUGCCGCGACCAACGGAAAUGCAAACAAAUCUGCAGAGAUGGCUGGUCUUGACCAUGACAUACAAUACUGGCUGAUGAAAGCUGAACCAGAGUCUCGCAUCCACAAGGGCCGCGACGUCAAAUUUUCCAUCGACGAUCUGGCUGCAAAGGCGGAACCUGAGGGGUGGGAUGGUGUCCGCAACCCAGUGGCCCGCAACAACAUGCGAGCGAUGCGCAAGGGCGACCUGGCAUUCUUCUACCAUUCUAACUGCGCCAUCCCUGGCAUUGCGGGUGUCAUGCGUGUCGUCGGCGAACAUAGCGUUGACGAGUCGGCGUUUGACCCAGCCCAUCCCUACUUUGAUCCCAAGUCCGACCGCGCAAAGCCCAAGUGGGAACUGGUCCAUGUUGAAUUCGUCAAGAAGUUUGAGAACCUCAUCACACUCAAGGAGCUGAAGUCUUUUGCAAAAUCUGGUGGGGCUUUGGAGAACAUGCAAACGCUCAAGCAGAGUCGUCUCAGCGUCUCGGCCGUCACACCGCAGGAGUGGAGAUUCAUCCUGGAUCUGGCUGGAGAGUCUAUUUCCUUGGGACAUGGAGAUACUAUGGGCGGCUCCGAAUCGGAAGUUGACGGCGAAGGCGAAGAGACUGCAGCUACCGGCAACGGAGACGCGCCUAGUGGAAUGUCUAAAGGAGCUUCAGGCGCUAUCAAAGAGGAGGUGUCAGUGAAGCAGGAGGCCCUGAGCAAAAGUGACUCGGACAUGGUCAGCAGUGCUGGAGAGGAAUGA